CAGCGAGCUGACAGUGCUGCCGCCGAUUGGUCUGCUUUGCCUUGCUUGUGGCAGUUGACAGCACCUCCCAGCCGCGCACGGCCUUCUGCCUGCUAGCGCGGUCAGUCAGACUGCAGCAAGCUCCGCUCCGUCCCAGCACUUGCCUGGGAGAAAAGUGCACUCUGUAGUAGCGAGUCGCGGAGCCUCUUGGCUUCUUGGGUUUGUCUGGGUUUCCCGCCCCCCCAUCUUUAGUUGCUGUUGUGACUUAAUGAUAUCCCUAAUCCUGGAUGCAGUUGCUGGAUUCUGCGGUACAAGUCUUCAUGAACGAGCUGCACCGCUUAGAGAUUUCACGGCAUUCAAAGGUCACAGAACUGCCACUAUGGUUAAAUGUCUUGUUUAAUGGUUGAGAGGUGUGGAGAAAUCUCAUUUGAUAGUCCUGAUCAGAAUGCCAAAUGUGUUUGCAUGCUAGGAGAUGCACGGGUGAGAGGUCAGACAGGGGUUCUCUCUGAGCGCCGUGGUUCCUAUCCGUUCAUAGACUUCCGUCUUCUCAACAAUACAACACACUCAGGGGAAAUUGGCACCAAGAAAAAGGUGAAAAGACUGUUAAGCUUUCAGAGAUAUUUCCAUGCAUCCAGGCUGUUGCGUGGAAUUGUACCACAAGCCUCUCUGUACUUACUGGAUGAAGACUACCUUGGACAAGCAAGGCACAUGCUAUCCAAAGUGGGAAUGUGGGAUUUUGACAUUUUCUUGUUUGACCGUUUGACAAAUGGAAACAGCCUGGUAACAUUGCUGUGCCACCUCUUCAAUGUGCAUGGGCUUAUUCACCACUUCCAGUUAGACAUGGUUACAUUACAUAGGUUUUUAGUUAUGGUUCAAGAAGAUUAUCACAGCCAAAACCCGUACCACAACGCGGUCCACGCUGCUGACGUCACUCAAGCUAUGCACUGCUAUCUAAAGGAGCCCAAGCUUGCCAACUUCCUCACCCCUCUGGACAUUAUGCUUGGACUGCUCGCUGCUGCAGCUCACGAUGUAGACCAUCCAGGGGUCAAUCAACAAUUUUUGAUCAAAACCAACCACCACCUUGCCAGCUUAUACCAGAAUGUGUCUGUGUUAGAAAAUCAUCACUGGAGAUCCACAAUAGGCAUGCUUCGAGAAUCAAGGCUCCUUGCCCAUCUACCAAAGGAAAUGACCCAGGAUAUCGAACAGCAACUGGGCUCCCUCAUCUUGGCAACAGACAUCAAUAGACAGAAUGAGUUUUUGACCCGGUUGAAAGCUCACCUGGAAAAUAAGGAUCUGAGAUUGGAGGAUGCACCAGACAGACAUUUUAUGCUUCAGAUCGCGCUGAAGUGUGCUGACAUUUGCAAUCCUUGCCGGCUCUGGGAGAUGAGCAAGCAGUGGAGUGAAAGGGUCUGUGAGGAAUUCUACCGGCAAGGUGAUCUGGAACAAAAAUUUGAAUUAGAAAUAAGCCCUCUUUGUAAUCAGCAGAAGGACUCCAUACCAAGUAUACAAAUUGGUUUCAUGACCUACAUCGUAGAGCCACUCUUUGAGGAAUGGGCCAAGUUUACAGGAGAUACUCCCCUAUCUGAAAAUAUGCUAAGCCAUCUCAGGAGGAACAAGGCCAAGUGGAGGAGUUUGCUCCACAAGCAACACAGCAGUUGCAGGAGCAAUGACCACUCAGGUCAAGUGACUGAAAAUGAAGAGCAGACUUUAAAUGAAGGUGACAUCCCAUAGUGCCAGUUUUAACUCUUCCUUAUAGUACUGCUGUCUCUUCUUUGUUAGUCACAACAGUAAGCCAAAUCGUAAGGACCUGCAAGGCCAUCAUCAGCAAUGUGGAAAGGGAAGAAAAAGGGAAACAGAAACUAUAAGGGUCCUCAUGAAUAAACCCACCCUACUUCUGGGUUUUAAAUCUGAGCUCCUUUGAAUUCACUCCCUCCUCUUCCUUAUCCUUCUACAUAUAUCUGAAGCCAUUCAUCACUUCUGAUCGUUAACUGCUUGAAUAAGGAACUCCGUUCAGAAGUGAUGAAGCUGGGCCACUAAGUGGCUACCAACUAAUGGGGAGGAUUAAAGAGAAAGCACGGGAGAUGCCAACAUAUUUCAUUCACCCUGGCUCAUAUUGUGACAGGUAGCUAUAUAUAGGCCCACAGCGCCAUGCACCGUUUUAAGUCUGGCAGCUGGACUGCGCAUUAAACCACCAGCAUCUUCAGAACUCAGAGGACAUUGGCUGAGUGAGAGUGCACAGAGAAGAGAAUCUCAUUAUUUUAAUAAUUAAAAUAAUUAAAAAACCUUUUUAACUUUUGUAUUCUGUGCACUAGACAACAGAUCUAGAAACCUUGGACCGAGGUUACUCUAUGUACAUACAACUCAAGCGGGACAAGGCUCAUUUGGUUAAUCAUUUUUAUGCCACUUUAGAUAAGAGAUGGACAUCUUCUCACUGUAGGGAACUGCAGUCCCUAGCAAAUGAAAGGGAAGGUGUUGUAUAGUCUAAAUCUUUGCAACAUUACCAGAUCUAUCUUUUUGAUGACUCUGUUUCAAUGACAUGUUUGUAUCCAUGUGUACAUUUUCUGUAAAUACAAAGCGCUACUGAUUCCCAUGCCAAAAUACUGAAGUAUUAUGGGAUUGCUACCUGUAUAAACAAUGGCACUGUGAACAGAAUACUGUUAGUUUUAAUACAAGAGAAAGCAUUUGUAAAUAUGGUAUAGAGUUUAUUAAUACACUAUUGUUUGCAGAUAAAGGCCUUAACUUUUAGCAUCCUUCACUGCUAGCUGUCCAAAUCAUAGCAUCUGAACUCUCUUUCCAUUUUCAGGUUUCAGAGUAACAGCCGUGUUAGUCUGUAUUCGCAAAAAGAAAAGGAGUACUUGUGGCACCUUAGAGACUAACCAAUUUAUUUGAGCAUAAGCUUUCGUGAGCUAUAGCUCACUUCAUCGGAUGCAUACUGUGGAAAGUGUAGAAGAUCUUUUUAUACACACAAAGCAUGAAAAAAUACCUCCCCCCUCCCCACUCUCCUGCUGGUAAUAGCUUAUCUAAAGUGAUCACUCUCCUUACAAUGUGUAUGAUAAUCAAGUUGGGCCAUUUCCAGCACAAAUUUUCUCACCCCCCCCCCACACACACAAACCCACUCUCCUGCUGGUAAUAGCUUAUCUAAAGUGACCACUCUCCAGCAGGAGAGUGGGUUUGUGUGUGUGGUGGGGGGAGGGGGUGAGAAAACCUGGAUUUGUGCUGGAAAUGGCCCAACUUGAUUAUCAUACACAUUGUAAGGAGAGUGAUCACUUUAGAUAAGCUAUUACCAGCAGUGGGGUGGGGGGAGGUAUUUUUUCAUGCUUUGUGUGUAUAAAAAGAUCUUCUACACUUUCCACAGUAUGCAUCCGAUGAAGUAAGCUGUAGCUCACGAAAGCUUAUGCUCAAAUAAAUUGGUUAGUCUCUAAGGUGCCACAAGUACUCCUUUUCUUUUUCCAUUUUCAGCUUUCCAGCAGAGGUCAUAAAAGAAUGAAAUUUGUCAGGGCAUUUUCUGGAAACUUCACAUGCAUUCCAUAUGAACUCAUAUUGUUUAAUCCAUGGCAUAGUGCACACUCAGUCUAAUCAGAUGCUUCACAAAGCCUGAAGAUAUUUUUUUUUAAACCACAGCAAUCUAUUUUACAGUUCAAACUGGUAAACAUGGAGUCAUGAGUUUUAAUUUUUAUUAAGUAGAAGAGUAGCCCACAAUGCCAGACACACCCAAGUGAGGGUUGGUGCUGGUUUUGAUCCAGGCAUUCUGGCAGUUCUAGAUUCCAUUUGCUUUCUCAAAUGAUGCAGAACUGUAAUGUCAUUUUUAAUUUAUUUUUUAGUCUUUAGAUAAGUUUUUAGGUAUUUUCCCCCAUCUUAAUAAAAAUACUUUCCCCAACUUUUAUCAUUUUUAAAUCUCACAUAAUGAGUUAAAAUAGGUUGUAGCCAAUCUAGUAAGGUCCUGAUUAACUAUUACUGGCAGUAGUUAUAUGGGAGCUUCCCCUUCUCACUUCCAAUAUUUUUGAAAGUUAUGCAUUGUAGCCUAUCCCAUAAAUAUCCUCUGUUGGGACAUUCAUUGGAACCUGUUCCUUAAGUUCCUCCAGUCAGAUGAGACUUCAGCCUGGGGCACUAACUCGCGUUAGUCAAGUGUGUGUUUGUAGUGUGUUACUCUGAUAGCAAGUGCAAUGCUGUGACAUAACUAUUUUUUCUACUCAAAAUUGUGUCAAUCUUAUUUAAAGAGUUUUCUCUUAGAAAGUGGUCCUCCAUUUCAGGCUCCAUAGUAGUACAAUUGUAUUGUGUGACAUGAUUGCCUUGGAGAGAGAGCAACAUAGGCCAACCCAGUUAAUGUUAAAUUUAUAGAGAACGUUUGAAAAUGAUAGGUAAUAAGGGAUAUUUUAAUUAUAAAAAGGAUAAAUGAUGUUGUUAGGGGUAAAAUUUUCAUACUCAUAAGAGAUCCAAUCAAUUAAGGGCAUAAUCUGAGUUUUAGUAAAGAAGGAUAUGCAUGUAAUGAGUAAUACAUGUGUAGAAUCAAUUGGUGGAGAAGGGGACUGAAGCAUAUAGUGAAGUACAAAGUUGAAAUUUAGAUAACACUGGAAAGAUGGAGCAUGUUGGGCCAGAUAGCUUGGUCCUCUCCUAUCAUUGUAUAUUGUGUGGCAGUAGAUAAUGGACAAUGAGAACAUUUUUCUUCCUCAGGCCUUCCAAGCAGGACACACAUCACAUUGCAGUUUGCUAUCUGAUCUUACUAACAGUGCCUGCAAUUCAGGGAGGGAGGAACCACUGCUUAAGUAGUGGAACAAGAGUAUGUUCCCUUCCAAAACAUAGUUGUUGCCUUUUCAACCAUUGCAUCAUCUGUGAUCAAAAUAAAUGCCCCUUCUAUUGUUUGUACUGCUGCCUUCUUUUAGGGACCUAUUUUUCCUCCUGAUACUCCAUAGGUUUAGAAUAAGUCAGGACAUGUGUUGCUCAUAACACAAAGCCCUUGAAGGAUAAACAGCACUUUAGAAGAUGGGCAGGUUUUUUAAGUAUCUCCAGAAGUGGGAAAGAUAAUGCCCCGUCCCUUUUGUUUGUUUUUAAUUAUAAAUGUAAACCUCUCUCCAGUUAUCUUGGAAGAAUUUUUUUGUAAGCUGUUCUAUAGCCUUUGAAUGAAACAAGUCUAUUCAGUAUUGUAUGUUGCCAGCUGUUUCUGUUGCUACAUGCUAGUCGAGAUAGUCAGAUCAUUGUGGCAUUUCAUACUUUAAUUUGCUGUUCUGAGGAGUUUGUAGAAAAUAGAUCCAGGGGCAGAUCUUUGCACCCUCAGAGGUCUGCUAUGAUGUCCACAAUACAAUCUGGACUUUUGUUAUUAGCACCUAAAAUCUGAUAUUCAUGUCAACCCUUAUAAAGUUCCUAACUACUUUAAACUAAAAAAGCUGCUCUUAAAAAUUUUUCAUGAAACUGAAAUGCACACACCUGCAAAGUUGCAAACAAUAACCUGUACUAGUGAAACAAUACUUGAAAGGAAUUCAGGCUGGCUUCAGCACCUACCUAAAUGACAUGUAAAUCAAAGGAAUUAUACUAGCCAUGGUCUAUCUAAGCCAAUUUGCCUCAGGUGCUCGAGACCAGUUCACAUCAAAAGAGGGCUGUGAAGUGAGCCCUGGGAGCAGGUGCCUGCCACCCAGACAGUUUUGGGUUCUGUGCUGAAAAGCAGGAAUUCUGGGUGAGUUCCACCAUUUAUUUUCCCCAUGGAAGAUGUCUGACUGCAUUUGAUGCACUCAGUUCAACACCACCAGCAACUAAAUAUACACUGUUGAUUCUUGUGUUGUAUAUUGUCUUGUUUGGAGCACAGAAAUACUUGUAAAACUCCAGGCUGGGAAUGGGGCAAUAGAAUGAAGAGGUAGGGAAAAAUAAAACAUUUGCACAGAAGAGGAGGAUAUGGACUUUUGUCCCAUUAGCUGCAUUUGACACUUUAUAGAAGACCUAUGUAAAUUAAUUCUUACUUCUUCUAAGAGGGCCUAUUAGGGCUGCACAGCUCAAGUUCAAGAGUUUUCCAGUUGGGUUCACUUUUUAGAAGCACAUACUGAAAAGAGCUCUCAAACAUACUGCUACACAAAAAAUAUAGAUCACUUAUCUUGGUUAAAACCCAAAUUUGUUUUCUUAAUAGAAAGAUUAUGUACUGCCAUAGAUGUGAAUGCUGUAAUUAAAAAUUAAUUAAAGCAAGGGAAAUAGUUUAAUUAGACUAUUAGCCUUGAUUGGUAAAGCAUUUAAGCAUGUUUUUUGCUGUAUGAGAGCCUUAAAUAGAAGCAGAGGAUCAGCAUUUAGACCACUAAUGAAAGCAAUACAGAAGUAAACAUGCAAGAGAGAGAGACACAUCGUGGCAGGUCACUGUUUUAGCCCAAGACAUACUUCAUAUUUUAGACAAAACAAAUGUAAGAGAAGUAGACGAGUUACAGUAGCAGCCAAAGGACUCAUUAGCAAAACACAAUCUUGUAGGCCACUAUGCACAACAUGGUUGAAGAAAGAGAGUAGAUUUAGAAUUCAUGUCAGCAGAGUUGAUGACUGGACAAAAAUGACAGGCGCUGGCUUGCCUUCGAACUUACUGUGGAUUGUGGAGCACCUCAAGGCUUCAGAUAAAACAUGAUUUAGCUGAAGGAGGCAGCCUACAGAUGCGCAUUGAAAAGGCUAUAGCAUAAGCUUCGCAAGCCCCGAAACACAGCAAGAUUGGUCAGCCUUCUCAUGCAGCACAACAAAAGGAGAAGUGACCGGCUGUGUGUUAAACCAGCUAGGACUGUACUGCACAUUGUUCUUCAAACAACACCUGCCCAAAACAAUUACCGAGCAAGGGUCAAACCAACCAAAAAGGGGCCUAUAGUGGAAUAGACGGCCUACUAGCCCCUCUUUUCUUUCUAUGAUUGUUUUAACUUAUGCAGUUCAGUCAGCCUAUCUUGUAAGGUUGUAUGAAAGAAAUUCCAUGUGCACCACUAGCAGCGCACUAAAUGAAGUGGACCAUCUUUCACACUGCAUCUCAGACACUUCACUAGCCCUCAGGGUUAGUAGACUCAACCGUCUAAGUCAGCCAAAACCAAGAAAAAAGCCAAACAGCUGUAGUGGGAGCAGCGAUCCCAGACCACCCCACAAGCUGUAGCAGGGCUGACUUUCAUCAGGCCAGUCAGGCCGCAUUCCAACCACAAUUUAGUCCCUGCUGAGAGACAGUCUGUGUCACUGAACUGAGCUGGAUAUAAGAUGGUCCCUUUUGCCUGACUUGUGCCACAGAAGAUCAGUACUUGUAAUUCAUUGGUAAUUAUGCAUAAAGGUUAGUCUGAUGUUAAUUUUGUUUUUACAAUAGAAGAUUAAAUCUGAAAUAACCAAGCAUGCAAAUACAAAAAUGAAAAAAAAUUUAAAAAAAGAGGCAAGCUGUACUGCAAGAAUGUGUACUUUCCUGUUGGUGCAAACAAUCAUUUAUUGCUAUAAUCCAUCCUAUAUUUUAGGUACACAAACUUUUACAUGCAGAGCAUAAAAAGUUUGACACGGAUGUACAGUAUAUUCUGUUAAUCUUUGAACACAAAAUUGUAUAGACAUGUCAUGUUUAUUGUAAAAUGUAUUACACAGCCAUACAGAUACUUAAUACAACUAUAUGAGCUAAAUCCUGGUGCCAGUGAAAUCAGUUGGACUAGGAUUCUGCUCAUGUGUGUGUGUAUGUGCACAUCAUGUGUAACAAGCUGAAAGGAAGUAACAGAUUGUGUGAAAAUUCUGUGACUGCUAUGCAGUGAUGCCAAGAAUUAAACGAGAGAUUUAACUGUAUCGUUUUUGUUUUACAUACUGCUGUAAGUAUUCAUCGUGUCAAAGGAUGACAAUAAAAAGAAUCACAGAAUGACA